CCACUUCGCUUGCGGUUCUUCUCCUUCCCAUCGUCUCGGUCUCGGUUCACCGAAGCAGCUUGUGCGUGGCUGCAAAUGGCGGAGGCGGCGUCGCGGCCGAAGCUGUACUCUUACUGGCGCAGCUCAUGCUCCCACCGCGCCCGCAUCGCUCUCAACCUCAAAGGUGUGGAUUACGAGUACAAGGCGGUGAACCUCCUCAAGGGCGAGCAGUCUGAUCCAGAAUUCGUGAAGCUUAAUCCUAUGAAGUUCGUCCCUGCUUUGGUUGAUGAUGAUGCAGUAAUUGGCGACUCUUAUGCAAUAGCCUUGUAUUUGGAGGACAAGUACCCCGAACCUCCUCUUUUACCUCAAGACCUUAAAAAGAAGGCUCUGAAUCACCAGAUCGCAAGCAUUGUAGGUUCUGGUAUUCAACCUCUCCAUAAUCUUACUGUGUUGAGGUUCAUUGAGCAAAAGGUUGGUGCAGGGGAGAGCCUCUCGUGGACCCAGCAACAAAUCGAGAGAGGUUUCACAGCUAUUGAGAACCUGAUAAAAGGCUGUGCUGGCAAGUACGCAACAGGAGAUGAAGUCCAACUGGCAGAUGUAUUCCUUGCACCACAAAUUUUCGCAGCUGUGAAUCGCACUAAAAUCGACAUGUCAAAUUACCCCACCCUUGACAGGCUCCACGCUGAGUACAUGGCACACCCUGCAUUUCUAGCAGCGCACCCUGAAAAUCAACCGGAUGCCCCUUCCUCUACCUAGGAACUGCAGCGCUGCGGCUGCAUCUGCCUUGUAUAUUGGUUAUCUGAAUAUAGAUUUGGAGUCGGGUCUUUCUCGUUGUACCAUACUCUUCCUAUUGUCUUAGCUGUAACAAUAAGCACAGAUAUUCCUGCGCAAAAUGCCAAAAAAUUGUUGUUUCAACGACUAUCCGAAUCUACCAUAUUCCUGGUUUGUGUA